UCUUACUUAGAUCUAGAUCUAGAAUUUAUUUAGAGACUAGACUAGAGUAGAGAUCUAGAAAUCUAGAUUUGCAUUCUAGAUCUACAUGUUUACCGUUUAAUCAAUAUAGAUCUAAAAUUUAGAAUCCUUCCCUUAAAAAGAAGUUAAUCACAUGAAAUGUUUGAGUAAUCUUCGACAAUGAAUCCUACUAAAGUUGAUAUUAUAAAAACAAAGUUAUUACAAUCUGGCGAUACUGUGCACUUGGUCCCAGAUUUUUCUAGAAAGCUCAGUCUUGUUGAUGCUGAAUUGGAAGAAUCAAAUCCUAUCAGCCCUGCAGUUCUAUCUGGUGUCCAAGAGAAGUCACAGUCACCACCAGCAGUGAUCAAGAGUUCACCUAGCUUAGAUAGACAGGAGUCUGAUGUGAACGCCAGCCCUGUCAACAAGUUUGUUUGCUGCUGUGGUGAGAAGUUUGAAAAGUCUGUCCAGAUAGCUUCUCACAAGCGAUGGUCCUGUAAAUUUAAGCAGAAAACUGCCCAGUGUGAGGUGUGUGAAAGUUGGUUUGCCACAGAUGUUGGGCUGAAACGGCAUAUGAAGCAUGCCCACGGAGGCAUUGUUAGCUGUGCCAACUGCAAUUUGCGGUUUCCGACUAAGAUAAAGCUGACGCGGCAUUGGAUUGAAGCUCACCAUGAUGAAAACAAAGAGGGAUUCAAACAACUCAAAUGCUUUGUGUGUAAUGAUACAAACUUUGAUAGCAAAUUUGAAUUGGAAUGUCACUUGGUUGUUCAUAAAUAUGAAAAACACCAUAAGAAAAUAGCCAAUCAGGGACUGUGGACUCAUUUUGCACCAUAUCAUAUGCCUUUUAUGCGACCACCUUUUCCCCAUAUGUCAAGAUCAUCUUGCCAGUUCUUCCCUCGACAUCCUCCUCCGAUGCCCACUCAUUUCCUUCGACAUCCACCUCCUUUUUUCCCCCCGCCUUUUCCACUACCCCAGUUUCCAUUCCCUCCACAAGUGUUUAACUCUUCAGCGCCUACGCCAUCAAGUCAAACAAAGGAUUCUCUGUCGACUAAAGAAACAGUGGCUUCACCCCUUCCCCAGGAGAGCUUUCCUGAGGACAAAGUGGAUCCUUCCAAUCCAAAUCUUACUGCUAACUUUCCUCGUCAUGACCAUGUUUUUGAUGAUUAUGUGGUGCUACCCCCAUACUUUCCUCAGCAUCACCAUCAUCACAAGAAACAUGGAAAGCUGAAGUGGAAAAAAUAUAUGAAGCUUAUGAUUAAAGGGAAAGUGCCCAUGCUUUGGAACAGUAGACAACCGCCCUAUGCCAAGGAAGCUGAUGUAGAGAUGCCAUCUAAUGCAAAUGCCUCAAAUGAUAAAAGCGAUGAACAGUCUGAAUUUAAAAUUGCUUGCAAGUUCUGUGACAGCAUUAUCCAGAGAAAUAGAAUCAACUGGCACCAGCGCAGGGAAUGUCCUGUUCUGGCUGUACACAAAUGUGGUGUCUGUGACAGAGUCUUUAGGAAAAGGCAUUUCCUAAUUCGGCACAUGCAUGAGCAAAACCAUUUCACUGCAGACAGCCAACCAGCCUCUACUGCACCCUCUACUGAUAUGCAGUCGAGCAAUUUAUCAACUACACAAGAAAAGUUAAAUUCAUCUUUGCAAUUGCUUAAAGUUACAGAAACGGUUUCCACUGUUACUAAUAAGGGGAAUCAGAGUAAUAUGGAGUUUAGUACAGAGGAUAAAGAAACUAUGGCUCCACAACUCAUGGAAGAUAAAAGCAAAACCAGUGUAAUUAUUGAAGAUCGAGACAUUCCGAAUAAGUUUCAGUCUGAAUGCUGCGUCUGUAAACAUGUAUUUUUUAAUAAAGCUAUGCUAUGUGACCACUUAAGGGGACACAUUAGCCAAAUACUUACCAUACAGAAAGUACAUGAGUGGACUUUGAAGUCUUCAGAUUAUUUUUACUUGGGCAACCCAGAUGAGGAACAAACAACGGCAACAAGCAGUAGCUGCCUGGACACAGAAAUCACUUCCACGACGGAAUCUUUAGUGCCAGAAAAUAGCACAGAUUUGUCUGACUUAAAAUGGACUAAACCGCACACAAAACGAAAUAGCCACCAUGCAAAAGGUGAAAUGUUGCUGUGCGAAUUCUGCAGUGAACAUUUUUCUUUCAGGAAAGAUCUCCACUACCACAUGGAGACUCAACACAAGGACUGUACUCUGAAAUGCCCUCUGUGUAAGAAGAAGUUCAGUUGGAAGAAACGGGGCAAAUUUUAUGAACGGCACUUGAACUCUCAUUUUGGGGUCAAAGUAUUUAAACACAAGUGUGAGGUGUGUGGCAAGACAUUUCUGGAGAACUCAAAGCUCAGGGCUCACAUGUCUCUGCACAACAAUGACCUUCUCCAUCGCUGCUCAGUAUGCCAGAAAGGGUAUGCAAACAAGUCUAGCCUUGUGCGUCAUGAGCGAAUGCAUAAGGGGAUAAAGCCGUACCAGUGCGAAACAUGUUCAGAGAGUUUCAUGGAGAAGAGAGAGCUGCUGAGGCACUCCACUGCCCACACGGGUGUCGCACCUUUCAUUUGUGGUGAAUGUGGACAGGGCUUCACGCUCAAAACCUCAUUGGUGUCUCAUUUGAAGAAGAAACACAACAAAUAAACUAUUCAUUCUAGGAAAAAGAAAUGUGCAAAAGCAUAAUAAAACUGUUGUUAACUUCAAUUUUUUAAAAGGCUUAUAGUCUUUCACAAAGAUAUAUAUAUACUACAGAUAUCUAUCUAUAUUAUGUAUAACUAUUUAAAUAAAUAAACAUAUAUUUGUCAUUUUUGUAAAUCAAUAAGUAUAAUAGAACAGCUUGGUUAUUCACACACAUAUAUGAUUGCCUAUUUUCUGGAAGAACUUUUAUUUGAGUUAUUUGGCAUUGAUGUUAACCUGAAACCUACUCCUACUAAACUUGAACAGCUAAGAUUAUUUUGCUAUCCAGGCUGUGGUCCUUAAGUCUGUAAUAGGAUGAUGUCAUCAGUUGCUAUUUUAAAUCAGAGAUUUUAUACCACCUAUCCCACCAGCCACAAUCCUCAACUAGCAUCAGCUUUAUCUAAUAGUUGGCUUGGUUACAUAUAGACUCUCCUCUCUUUCCAUUUUUGUCUCAGAAACUGUAAAGCCAUUGAUGUAUUUGACCUCAAGAGAUUAGUUAACGGACAACUUUGUGAUUUUACAAAUUUUGACUCUUGAUAUGUGAAGCAGAGAUGUAACAGUAGUAAGGUAUUAGAAUUCAAAGAUUAAAUAUGAAUAUUACACAUUGUGCAAGAUAAACAAUUUAUUUAUUUUUUAACAUGUAAAAAAUUAUUUGAAAUUAAAAUGAUUUUUUAAAACUUUUUAUUUUGGAUAUUGAAUUUUAAACUGAACAUUUAUUCAUAAUGAACAUUUUUUGUCACCUAUUAUUACAUGCAAUAUUAAUUUUAAAAAAUCAAAUUUCGUAAAGUUAUUACUUUUUUAUAAACAUUUUAAUAAUAGUAAUGACAUGCCUUGUAUUGAUAUCAUUGCUACUAAUAAAUAAAUAUAUAUUGUUUUAUGUUUUUUGUUUUUCUGAUAGACUAAAAUGGAUUCUUGUAUUUUUUAAAGUGUGCAUUCCAUUUAUUUUUCUGUAACCUAUUUAUCAAUCUUCUAACAUAACUAGCUGAUACCCAUUCUGCGCUAUUGUUUAAAUAGUUGGUAUUCACUCUGAAACCCCUCAAAUAAAACACAGCUUGUCUUACUAUGCUCCCCCAACAUAAUUUUCUAGCCCUCAAAUUGUAUGACCUUUUUUUUUUUUGUCUCUUUCAAUGCUACAAAUGAAGGGCCUCCAACACCCUAUGCACACACACUUCUUAGGCCCACCAGUUUGGCUAAAGUAUAUUCUGAUGAAACAGCUUUCCUUGAAUUCUAAAUGCGCAUAACUAUACCUGAUACCCAUGCUACGCUUCCAUCAAAAUAGUUGGUAUAUGUGUAUAUCGCCUUGAACACUUU